AUGCACGUCUUCGGCCCUGCUCCAGAAAAUACUGACGCCUGGACCCUUCCUGUCUGGGGGGUCAUUUUCGAUCGAUUGACGAGUGGGAAUGUGGCCACUCACCAUUUCAACGUGAGCAGCGGCAAGUCAAUCGGGGAAAGGACAGCAAAGCAGCAAAUUGACUGGGCCACCAGGUUGAACUUACCGAGUCUCAAUCAAAAGACCAUCGACAAAAUCCUCGACAGGUUUGUAGGAUUUUCCUUGGGUGUUCGAUACAUGGAGGAGAGUAAAAUCCAUGCCAUACAUCAACUGAUCGAGGAGGACGCCCCGCUCAAAGAAAAAACCGAAGCUUGGCUAGAGAAGAGUGAAACAAGAGAUUUAUUCACUUCAAUGAUCAGAUCUUACAACAGCUAUGAGGAUGCUGUGAAAAACCUUGAAAAAGUCAAGAAUUGGCCAAGAGAGAAGGAUAACCAUCCUUUCAAAACAAACCCAGCCUACGACGCGGCAUUGAAAUGUCAUAAGUGUCUUGGCUUUCUUUGCGAGGAAGCAUUUGUCACCAUCAAUGGCUAUGAUUUAUCAGGACGAAAUUGGUUAGAAGCAGGGUUCAAGGGUAACAACGUUGAAUUGCUCGCCGUCGUUGCCGCCAACAUGGAGCCACAGGAUAUGCUCAAGCCCACCGAUGUCCGCGAACCCGAUUCAACCGGAAACCAUAUUCUUCUCGCCCUCGCUGGAGCACAUGCCUUUGAAGCAUUUGAAGUCGCUCUUGACAAAAUGGUCAGGUCAGGUGUUAUGGGAAACUCACAGCUUCAGAAAGUUUUCCAUGCAGCGGCAAUGCACGAACUAUGCGCUAUAGCGCCACCAUCCGUCGCAGCAGCUCUAUAUGCGAAGGGGAUCAAUAUUGGUAACGUCGAACACCAGCACCACCCACUCGGUGGCCAGCUCGAUGGCUCCUGGCACAUGGCAGCAGCCUUCAAUCCCAAAGCCCAUUCCAUGAUCGAGUGGCUCAGCAAGUUCUCCUCUCUUACAGCCAGUAACCGGAACCAAGAGAACGAAACUGCACUGAUGUAUGCCGCAAGGUUCGACCAGCCAGGCGCCAUCGCUUGGCUUUGCAAAAACAGUGACCCUACGUUGUCUCAGUGGGAGGAUGGGCCCCCAGGUCACGCCUUGCUCAAUGCAGCCAGGAGUUCCUGUCUAACUAGCACUGAGAUCUUCUCCAUCAUCCUCGACCACAUGCCAAAGGAAGCGCUCACCCUCGAGUAUGGCAAAAUUUGCGGUACAGAGAUCGCCGCACGUCUUGUCCGACACAAGGAGCUCACGUCCACAGGAGACAUCGAAGACUCCGCCCCGGUUGACAUCGAGCGCCAGCAGGUAUAUAAAAUGCAGGCGCUUGUGCGACGACUCCCAGGGGCAUGGCCAGGAAGUAGCUGGCACCUUGCGCUGGAGGCAUAUGCACACGAUAACGGCGUCAGUGUUUUGAAGCACAGCAUGGGAACUGAGACGCGACGCACGCGCAGUAAUUCAAGUCGCAGGCGACGGGGUCCCAGAACAACUAGGCUCGGACUUGAGAGUGAUGACGACGACGAUGAUCGUACUACAUUGAAUAGACUGAGCGGGGUGACUGUUUCCAGUAAGACGGGUUUGCAUCGAACUAAGGCUGUACAGAGGAAGAAAACACCUUCCAUUCGGUCUCAGAGCCGUACAAGAGAUACCGCUCUUGGGAGGACGAAGGAUUCGAAUAACAUGGUCACCAAGAGUAUACGCCGGAGAGAGACGGAUAUGAGGUAA